GAAAGCGACGGCGCGUUCGGAGCGUUCCGUCGUGGCCGCCGUUCCCCUCGGAGCCGGACAGUAUGGCUUCGGCUGCCGGUAGCUCCGUGUUGGUGGUGAGGUUCCACGGUGGGACAGUGCGUAGUCGGCCGCGGGUGUGCGUGCUUCGUUUUACCCGCACGGAGGACACGGAUCCGUGAGACUUGGCAGAGAUCGUGCGGCGGGGAAGAAGGACGUGUGGGGUGCGUCGAUACACGUAGACCGUGGGGCGAGGGCGGCCGAGGAAACACGGGCAGAGAUGCGGCGAAAUGUGAAAAUUGUGUUGUUCCUGUCAUGCGCGUGGAUGUUCGCCUUUGUUUACUACUACCACACGUCGCGGGACACUAAGAACGAAAACAGAGCGCUGCGACUGAAGGAGCCGGCCUCGUUGGCCCUCUCCGCCGGAAAUUCCGGCAACUAUGUGGAUCCAGAUGGCACCGCCAUUGUGAUGUCGUCUGAGCUGCUGCCCGCGCCCACUCCGGAUCCUCGGGUGACAUGGAACUACUUCGACGAGCAAGGGUACGUCUCGAGAGGAGGUCUCCGGGCGGGAGAGGAUCCGUACGCGCGAAACAAAUUCAAUCAGGAGGCUUCCGACGGUCUUCCCAGCAACCGGGAUAUUCCUGACACUCGCAGCGCUAUGUGUCGAAUGAAGCAAUGGAGGAGGGACCUGCCGCCGACCUCGGUGAUAAUCACGUUCCACAACGAAGCGCGUUCCACGUUACUCCGCACCGUCGUCAGCGUGCUGAACAGAAGUCCCGAGCACCUUAUCAAGGAAAUUAUUCUGGUCGACGACUUCAGCGAUCAUCCCGAGGACGGCGAGGAACUGUCGAGGAUACACAAGGUGCGGGUGAUACGGAACGAGAAGAGGGAAGGUUUAAUGAGAUCGAGGGUGAGGGGCGCGGACGCCGCGACCGCGAGCGUGCUGACGUUCCUCGAUUCGCAUUGCGAAUGCAACGCGGACUGGCUCGAACCCCUGCUGGAAAGGGUGGCCGAGGAUCCCACGAGGGUCGUGUGUCCUGUUAUUGACGUGAUCAGCAUGGAUACCUUCCAAUAUAUCGGAGCAUCAGCGGACCUAAGGGGUGGUUUCGACUGGAGCCUAGUGUUCAAAUGGGAGUACCUAAGCCAAGUCGAGAGACAAGCCAGACAAAAGGAUCCCACGCAAGCGAUCAGAACCCCAAUGAUCGCUGGUGGUCUAUUCGUAAUUAACAAGGCUUACUUCGAGAAGCUCGGCAAGUACGACACUCAAAUGGAUGUUUGGGGCGGCGAGAAUCUCGAAAUAUCGUUCCGGGUGUGGCAAUGCGGCGGCAGCCUGGAGAUAAUCCCGUGCUCGCGCGUCGGCCACGUGUUCCGGAAACGGCACCCGUACUCGUUCCCCGGGGGCAGCGGGAACGUUUUCGCGCGGAACACCAGACGCGCGGCCGAAGUGUGGAUGGACGACUACAAGCAGUUCUACUACAACGCGGUGCCGCUCGCGCGAAACAUCCCCUACGGAAAUAUUCAGGACAGGAUGGAGCUGAAGCGGAAAUUGCGCUGCAAGCCCUUCAGUUGGUAUCUGAAAAACGUGUAUCCCGAAUUAGUUAUACCGACCAGCGAGGGCGGGCCCGGCGGAUCCCUGAAGCAGGGCAACGCGUGCCUGGAUAGCAUGGGCCAUCUACUAGACGGGAACGUGGGACUUUAUCCGUGUCACGACACCGGCGGUAACCAAGAAUGGACCCUAACGAAGGACGGCCUGAUAAAGCACCACGACCUCUGCCUAACCCUGUCGGUCUACGCGAAAGGCACCACGCUGCUGAUGCAGAUCUGCGACGGCAGCGAGAACCAGAAGUGGAGGCACCUGGAGGGCGGGCUGAUCCGGCAUUCGAGGCUGCCGGUGUGCAUGGACUCGAGAUACCACGCGCAGAGAGGCAUCACCGCCGAGAAAUGCGACUCGAACGCCGAGACACAGAGGUGGCACCUCUACAACCACAAUCACUAGCUCGCGAGCUCGAUCGGCGGCGGCUCGUGAAGAUCGUCGUCGUCGUCGUCGUCGUCGUCGCGUUGCCGCCGCCACACGAGGCGCGGCGAACGGGUCCGCUAUCUGAUCGGAGGGAGCAGGAUCGACCUGAUCCGCGCGAUCGACCUCUCCGACCCCGAGAACAACCUUUUCGAGCGCGCCGCUCGAUGAACAAUCAACGCCUCGUCGGUUCAGACGGACCCUUCCCCCGACGGGAGGAAACAGUGAUCGAACAAGAUAAUAUUAGAAACUAUUUCCGCGAGUCUCGAAGCGUCUCGAGACGUCGUUGACCUCCGACGAGAGACGAGAUAUAUCCUAGGCGAGAGAUCAGGGAAAACUUGGAAUUGAAUUCGACGCGUCCGAGCUGGAUAGAUUUUUCCGGGUGGACCGAUGGGUUUUCGUUCGAUUGUAGACAAUAGACGGGCCGGGCAGGGAUUCGAGGAGCGGGUCGAGUCGCCUCGAUCCGCUCCUCGAAUAGAUUAGCGCGCUGGAAACGAUCGAGUCUGGAUAUUCCGAAUCGGCAAGGCGAGAGAGCCAAUCUCGAGGAACUUUCAUUCCGCUGGUACUUUGACGACGUGCAUUUAACGUUAAUUUCCCAUGAUCUCAAAACGAUUUCAUUGUUCGAUCGCAUGGUAAUAUCGUGUAGGGGUGAGAUGGAACCUGAGAAAAAUACUCUGGUACUCGUGGUCGCGAAGGCUGGCCCAGACUGGGAGACGUUCGUUACGAUUAUACGAUUCGGAUAAUCGCUCCUCGGUCUGGGUCAGACCCGAGAGGAACACGAGGACGAAUAUCGCGGACGUUUCGGUGCUUUCGACGCGCGAGUCGCGGGAGUGUCUCGUUUCAAACCGUAAACACUAAGGCCAGUUCCACGAGCAGCUAAAGCGAUCCUUUUUCCGGCGAGUUCGGCGAUCGAAGGAGAGAACGAUCGAAGACACGCGGGCCCGCUUUCUCUUAACCCUUUGCGGACGAGGAUUUCCCGAAAUAUUUCAAAGCCCCGUACGAACGGGAACUAUCCGUGGAAUUUUUAACGCGUCGCCGAUCGGAGUUACGCGGAGCGAAAGAUCGUUGCUACUAAGUUAUCGCUGUUAUUUAUGCGAGCGUUUCGAUACGGAAAGUUAAAUUAAUUCGAAAAAUGACGUGAAUCGUAUAUCAAAUUGUUUCUAUCAUUUCAACGAUUAAACGUCUCGCAACUUGGAAAUCCGAGUUCGCCAUUGGAGCCGACAACAUGGCGGCGCUCGUCGUCAAAGGGUUAAUUCCCGUAUGUAUCUGAUAAUCUCUCUAGCCCGACAGAAGCUGAAUCCGAAUGCAAUAGCGAGGAACCUUGUUUUCAGCCGACUUGAUUGUUAACGACGAAGUAUA